GCGGGGGUUGGGAAGAUGGCGGCUCCCAGCCUCCUGAACUGGAGGCGGGUUUCCUCCUUCACGGGGCCGGUUCCCCGCGCCCGGCACGGACACCGAGCGGUGGCCAUCCGGGAGCUGAUGAUCAUCUUUGGCGGGGGCAACGAAGGCAUCGCGGACGAGCUGCACGUCUACAACACCGUUACAAAUCAGUGGUUUCUACCAGCUGUUAGAGGAGACAUCCCCCCAGGCUGCGCUGCGCAUGGAUUUGUCUGUGAUGGCACCAGAAUAUUAGUGUUUGGGGGAAUGGUUGAAUAUGGAAGAUACAGCAACGAGUUAUAUGAGUUACAAGCAAGUCGUUGGUUAUGGAAAAAAGUGAAACCCCAUCCCCCUUCUUCUGGUUCACCUCCUUGUCCUCGGCUGGGACAUAGCUUCUCUUUAUAUGGUAACAAAUGCUAUUUAUUUGGUGGACUGGCAAAUGAAAGUGAAGAUUCAAACAAUAAUGUUCCCAGAUAUUUAAAUGACUUCUAUGAGUUGGAGCUACAGCAUGGUUCUGGUGUUGUGGGUUGGAGCAUUCCAGUGACUAAAGGGAUUGUGCCUUCGCCAAGAGAAUCCCACACAGCUGUUAUAUAUUGCAAAAGAGAUUCUGGAAGUCCUAAAAUGUAUGUUUUUGGUGGAAUGUGUGGUGCUCGCCUGGAUGAUCUAUGGCAACUUGACUUAGAAACUAUGUCAUGGUCAAAACCAGAAACUAAAGGGACAGUGCCACUUCCACGAAGUCUUCAUACAGCCAGUGUUAUAGGAAAUAAGAUGUACAUAUUUGGUGGAUGGGUUCCACAUAAGGGGGAGAAUAUUGAGACUUCACCUCAUGAUUGUGAAUGGAGGUGUACCAGUUCAUUUUCUUACCUGAAUCUUGAUACAGCAGAAUGGACCACUCUAGUAUCAGAUUCUCAGGAAGAUAAAAAAAAUUCAAGACCAAGACCAAGAGCUGGACACUGUGCUGUUGCAAUUGGCACUCGAUUAUAUUUUUGGAGUGGAAGAGAUGGCUACAAAAAAGCACUGAAUAGUCAAGUUUGCUGCAAGGAUCUUUGGUAUCUUGAUACUGAGAAACCACCGGCACCAUCACAAGUACAGCUGAUCAAAGCCACCACCAACUCUUUCCACGUCAAAUGGGAUGAAGUGCCGACAGUUGAGGGCUACCUUUUGCAGCUGAACACGGACUUGCCGUAUCAAGCCACAUCAUCAGAUUCCUCAGCAUCGCCAAACAUGCAAGGAGUCAGGAUGGACCCUCACAGACAAGGCAGUAAUAGCAUCAUUCCUAACAGUAUCAGUGAAAUAGUGAACAGUGUAAAAUCUGAACAUACAGCCAUGAAAGGAACUUCAGUGAAAAACAAACCAGAUCUCAAAGCAUCAACUGAUUCUAAUGCCUCUUCACAUUCAUCUUUGGCAGCUAAUGCUUCUAAUCAUAAUAGUUGUGUGGUGGAUAUGCUAAGGAAAAAUGAAGGUCCUCACACUUCAGCAGAUAUAGGUGUUCUAAGUAGUUGCCUGGACUUAAGAACAGUAAUCCCUGAAACUUCUGUAUCCAGUACUGUUUCCAGCGCACAAACUAUGGUAACCCAGCAGACCAUUAAAACUGAAUCAUCCAGUACAAAUGGGGCAGUUGUUAAAGAUGAAACUUCACUAACAACAUUCAGUACCAAAGCUGAAGUUGAUGAAACGUGUGCACUGCCUGCAACUAAGAUAAGCCGUGUGGAGGCACAUGCUGCCAUGGUGCCGUUUUCUAAAGAGACUCCUUCAAAUCCAGUGGCCAUGGUGAAAGCAGGAGAACGACAGUGGUGUGAUGUAGGAAUUUUUAAAAAUAAUACAGCUUUGGUGAGCCAGUUUUAUUUGCUGCCAAAAGGGAAGCAAAGCAUUUCAAAGAUAGGAAAUGCAGACGUACCUGACUACAGUUUACUUAAGAAACAAGAUCUUGUUCCAGGCACAGGAUACAGAUUCAGGGUUGCUGCCAUCAAUGGUUGUGGAAUAGGCCCUUUCAGCAAAAUCAGUGAAUUUAAAACUUGUAUUCCCGGUUUUCCUGGAGCUCCUUCUGCAGUCAGAAUUUCAAAGAAUGUCGAGGGCAUCCAUCUUUCCUGGGAACCUCCAACUUCACCUUCUGGAAAUAUUUUGGAAUAUUCAGCCUACUUGGCUAUCCGCACAGCACAAAUACAAGAUAAUCCAAGUCAACUUGUGUUUAUGAGGAUUUAUUGUGGUCUUAAGACAUCAUGUAUAGUAACUGCUGGGCAGCUUGCAAAUGCACAUAUUGAUUAUACAUCCAGGCCUGCCAUUGUGUUCAGGAUAUCAGCAAAGAAUGAAAAGGGAUAUGGACCAGCUACACAAGUUCGAUGGCUUCAAGGUAACAAUAAAAAAGCACCUUUAAAUUGAUUUUCUUUUUUUUUUUUUUUACUGAAGCUAUUGUGAUAAUUAUUUAUUAGUAACUGGUUUUGGAGAUUUGUCAUUUAAAAGAGUAUUCUCUGACUGUAUUUCUAGCAGUUAUGAAUUUGAGUUUGUAAGUUGUUCUUAAAAUGUAUUUGCUCAAUUCUAGAUCCAAAUAAAAGUAGAAAAGAAGCAAA